CUGAAUUCAAUGCUAAGAGCUCCUGCUUCCAGGAAAGCACUCAAGGCUGAAAAAGAGCAGCAGGCUCAAGCUGCUGUUGAAAAGAAACCUGAACAUACUAGAAGCACUGGUAUCGAUCUAUCUCCUAUCGUUGAGCCUCGUCAAGGAUUUAUUGUAUUGGCAUGGAGUUUAUUAUGGAUGGUUGUUCUGUUGGCUGUUGGUCUGUAUUUGGUUGCAGUGGGUGGGAAUAUGUUGCCAUUUGAUGGUAGUAAUCUAUCUGCAUCAGCGAAGCCUACUGCUGUUCAAGAUUCAGCUCCUAUGAGUCUUUCCGAAUGUGCUGCCAAAGCAGCUUCUCUGAUUGCUAAUAAUAAACCCUCAUUGCCUGCCCUUCCCUGUCUAACUCAUCAACAGUUUGAGCGUCUGCUGAUCGUUACGUUUGAUAGUGAUACUUUAGUGCCCAAGACCCAAUCUGCUGGAUCUGGCGUUCUGCCCUUUCAUCAACUUCCCUCUGUUCAAUCCUCGGUCAACUCCAAUGGAUUUCUAUACAAUAUUGAGCCUCAACCUAUUCACUCUUCCCGUGAUGCUGUAGUUAGUGCAUUGACGGGUGUGCAUGCCCGCAUGAUCGAAUCUUUGCAGCGCAUCGUUGUACCCUCAUUUCCACAUGACAGUGUUGUUGCCCAGAUGGCUGAUAGUCUUACUGCUCGUCGUAGUGUGAUCCCUACUUCUGAUGAGGAAGAGGAAGAUGAGCCCAAACCCAGUGUUGCGUACGUGCCCGAAUGUUAUGGUGACGGUGGUUGGUCAACGCUAUUUCCGUCUGCAUUUUUUGAUUGCGAGUCCACUAAUAUUACGCCGCGUGUAUUGCAUCGCUUGCGAUCAUCCACUUUCUCGUUGCUCGCCGUGCAUUUGACGCUCAGACAUUUGGAUCAAAAGUCAGGUCUAGAUGGUUUUUUGCACACUGCCCUUCCACUGAUUGAUGAACAAACACUUGCAGUUGUUAUUCAUCACUCGCCUCAGGGAUCAUAUGCGCUGCUUCACAGUGGCCGCUUUGAUCGUCAAGUCAAAGAUAAUAAUAUUAAAAAGCUCACACAAUCGUACAAGGACAAGAGUAACCCAUCUCAGAUUGCUUUGGAAGACAUUGCUCCAACUCUUUCUGUUUUGUUUGGAUUGCCUAUUCCUGUAUCCAACGAAGGCGUCGUUAUUCCCGAGAUGAUAGUUCACGGCUCUAAUGGACAGUACUACCAAAAACUAACAUCUUUACGUGUUAGUCUUCGCCACAAUGCCGAGCAGUUAAAUACGUUGACUAGACGCAAGCUUUCUGAUGAAAAACAGGAGACUUACAAGGAUGUACUGGCUCUUGGAGCAACGACUUCCCAAAUCUACCGCUCUGCCGAUCAUCCUGUUCAUUUUAAGGCUAUGCAUGAGGAUUGCAAGAUGGACUAUCGCAUGUCUAAAAUCCUAUCAAAACUAGUUCAAACCACUUACACUGAGAUCAAGGCAGUUCUGAUUGUUCUUGGCUUUAUUGUGAUCAUUGGUGCAACUACUCUUGCUUUGAUUCAAACAGUGGUUUAUUUCAAUGAUGAUCCCAAAAUCCCUGACGAAGUAGUGCUUAUGGCUGUUAGUAUUGGCUCGCUUGGCGGAUUCUUUGGUGGUCUGACUAAAUCUAUUGACAUGCUGAUUCCUGCCUACUCAAUUAACAUUCAUCCAUACCACGAGGGUAUUUUUUGUGGAUCUAUGCUGCUUAUACUUGUUGUUUCACUGCUGCGCAUCAAAGAUUUGAUUUUCCCAAACCCUCUGUCUGCCGUGCCCAUAGCAGGCGCACCUAGCUUACCAUUUGGCAUAUUUUCAUUCAACGGUCUGCUUGCAGGUGUAACUCUUGCACUACUUUUUGCAUCUCCAUUCGCCCACAAUCUUGGUUUAGGUUUAACUGAGCGUGACGUCGUGUUAUAUGGAUUGCAGGUGUUUGCACUGCUACUGUUUAUAAAUGCAUUUUUUGUAUCUAAUACUGAGCACCGCGAUUCGCUAGUCAAAACAACACUUCUUUUCAUUGUGCUAUUGCGUAUCGGUCUGGUAUUUGAUUUCGAAACAUCUCCGCUAUUUAGCAAUCCCAGCCAUCAAAUCUCCACCAUGGUUAUCCCCGCAGCUGUUGCUGCCAUCAAUUUUGUACUUGCGUUUGUUUUCACUUAUGUUGUUCGUCGCACUAUGUACAGCUCUGACAAUCUGCACUCUAGUGGUGCUGUCAUCAGUGGUGUACUGGUUCCAUUUGGUCUUUUUGUUUCUGCCUUUUACUGGAUGCUUGAAACCUUGCAUAUUUUCCCUGGUGUAAUGACUCUCAAAAUCAGCGAUACCCUCAAUUUUGUGCAGUAUUGGACCUGUAAACUCGGAUUCAUGUCAACUAGUGUUACGAGUAUGUACGUGUGGGGAACAGAUCCCAGCACUAUUGGUAUGGAAGUAACUGACAAUAAUGCUACCAAGAGAAGCCAAGUGUUUUCUCCCGAAGAAGCCAAAACCGAAAAGACUUCAGGAAAAACCAUCUUUUUCCGCGGCAUUGCCAACGGUAUUGGUUCCAGCUAUUUCUCUUUCUUUUUGUCAGUCUAUAUGGCUCUCAAUUAUUUGCAAGUUUCUGUCGGCAGUGCUGCGUUGACCGUAUCCAUUUUACAGAUCUGUGCAUUGCUUGAAAUGUAUCAUUUUUGGCGCGACAAGGCCGAGGCUGCUUCAUGGUGCACACUCUUCAAAUUUAGUAGCAGCUCGAAACAAGGUAAAUCAGCAUCUAGAUCGAGUCGUGGUCCAUUUAAACCAGCCAUCGGCGGCACACCCGCUUCACCCAGGUCCAGUGUAAACUCUAAUAGUCCUCGAACAUCUGUUGUAUCCGACUCUUCUGAUGCUCAAGACGUGAGUCGUAGUCUUCGCGCAGUCUUUGCAGAUCCAUAUCUAACCACAGCAUUUAUGGGUAUCCUUACACUGCUUAUCCGAUACGUGGCAAUUGCUUCAGCACAACAUUCCUCAUACGAGUUACUCUCCCGUCAACUUCCUUCUGAUGCCUCGCUUGGUUUUGGUGGUGUAAAAAUAGCUCGUUCAACUUCAGUAAAAACAUCCAUGGCGCUUUAUCUUGAAAUGGCAGCUUCAACAGCUGUGAUGAUUGCUCGAGUGUAUGGACCCAAUCUCAUUCUAGGUAGUUUGGCACCUGCACUAUUUGUUUUAUGGAAGCGUCCCUGUCUCAGAGGAGGUGAAUCUCGAUUACUUCGCGAGCUUUCAUUUGCAUUGACAGUACGGUUUGGAGUGAUUGCGGGUGUUUUACUAUUGGGUGAAAUUUUCGGACUGAUGGUAUCGGCUUCUACUGUAAGUGGUACUGGAAACAAGUUGGAUAUCUUGAACGCUUGGGACACACAAGCACAAGUGCUUGUCGUUCGUGCUAUGGGUACCAUGAUUGAAGGGUUAGCUGCCGUGAUUUCAGUGUUUGUUGUUUGGAUGGCAAUGAAUGGGUAUGCUGGGUUCCAGCGCAAGAUGAAAAAGUUUGGUAUUCUUGAAUAAACUUGUUUUGAUCC